AUGCCCGCCUCUUUCCGCAUCUCCUGUGGCACCAUCGCCCCAGGCCGUGGGCUUGAUCGCUGCGCCGCGCACCGCGUCGGUGUGCCCGCCCGGCGGUGGGCAACCACGGCCCUCCUCCCCGCCCGAUCAGCGCUCGCCGGAUUCAAUUGCCAAUCGGCCGUCCGUCGUUUGGGAUCGCGUGGGGUCCGCGGGGGUCAGGUCAGGGCGCAGCUGGCCGAUGCGUCGGACAAUGCGUUCACGAGGACGGCGCAGAAGGCCUUGGAGGUCAACCUCCAUCCAGAAUGGUAUGGAACAUUUGCUGAGAUAGGUGCUGGCCAGGAGGUGGCGAGGUGGUUCUUCAGGGUUGGAGGAGCAGCAGGGACGAUUGCCAAGUCUGUGUCUGCCUACGACAUGACGGUCUCUGACAGUAUGUAUGGGGCUUGUGAAAGGUAUGUGACAAAGGAGAGGCUGGAGGCCAUGCUGGACUAUGAGUACCUGCAGUGCAGCCUGACGCUCAAGAAAGACAAGGGCCACGAGACGCAGUUCUUUGCGUUUGCUGACACCGUCGUUGCAAAGGCAUACAAGCGUGAUAAUGAGUGCCAUGGCUGGCUCGGCAUCAAAUUCCAGAUGAAGCCAAUGGAGGAGCCUUGCAGAAUAGUGAUCCACUGCCGAAUGUUGGAAGACAAUGCUACUGCACAGCAAGUGUCGCUGGGUGUUCUGGGCGUAAACCUCAUCCACUCUGCAUUCAUUGAGCAGGAUCCAUUCAAGAUCGUAAAUGCUUUAUCUGAUGAACUGGGCCCUGAAAAGAUUGAAAUUGAUGUCGUCGACUUCAGUGGGCCACGCUUUGAGGAUGUCGAUGACCGGCUGGUUGCCCUUCGGCUGGUGCAGAAUGGGCAGACAGAUGCUGCCAUCUUCGCUGGAUCUGGCAAACCCAUGAUUCCUCAAGAGGCCCUCAGGAAAAUGAACGUCCUUCUGUUGCGAGGCAGAUUCAAGCCAUUCACGCUUCUGCACAAUGACAUGCUAGUAGGCGCUGCCAAUCAGUUCUUCUGCAACAGUUUUGAUGAGGAGCUGGAGGAGUUGGGCAUGGAUUCCAAGGACUACUGUGUGCAGCGCGAUGACACGCAGGUCAUCCUGGAGAUAACCACCAAGGACAUGAUGGAGAGUGGUGACCUGCUGGACUGGACUUCUGAGAACGGCAUGGACGAGUCUGCCUUCCUGCAGCGCAUGGAGGCCCUCAACAAGCUGGGCUACAUUGUCAUGCUCUCCGGCUACCAGCGCUACUUCCAGCUUGCUGCCUACCUGAGGCGCUACACCAACAAGGCCAUCUGCAUCACAAUGGGGCCUUCCGCGCUGCAAGAGCUCUUCCGGGAGAGCCACUACCGUGACCUGCCUGGCGGGAUCCUGGAAAAUUUUGGGCGAUUGUUGAGGUACGACCUCAAGCUGUACAUGUACCCAACCGUCGACACUGCCGCGGGGAAGCUCAUCACAGCCAACAACCUCAAGGUGGAAUCUGAAGUCCAGCUGCUGUAUGACUACAUCCUCAAACGAGGCACCAUCGUGCCUAUCACGAUGUACGACGAGUCGCUGCUGUCCCACGGGGACGUGUCAAAAAGGGUGGUGGAGAGCAUACGGGCUGGAACCUCUGAUUGGGAGAACCUGGUCCCCACAUCCGUGGCAGAGCAGAUAAGAGACCAGAGGCUGUGGGGCUACCGGCCACCAGCCGAGCUCAAGGCCCCCGUGCUGUUCAAGAGCGGUGAGAAGGGGCCAACCAAUGGGUCACAACCGGCCGAGACUAAGGCAGUGGCAUGA